AUGCCACUGAGAAGCUCUCUUCCUUUGACCUCAGUUUCACUAUACGCUUCUUCUCCUUGGCUUCACGCGAAACCCUUCCCGUCACAUUCUCUUCGCUCCGUACGAGCGAGCGUAGCAGCAGCAACAACAAGAGCCAUAACAACCGCCAAUUGGAUCACCGGAACCGUCUUCCGAUCAUCCCGAGAAGAAAUCGAACGAACCAAACGGCGGAGAAGAGAGAUUGUUGAAGAGAGUGGCGAUGAGGAUGGUUGGCAUGGGAAGAACGAGAGGUUGAGAGAGAGAGUUGACGGAGAUGGAGUUGUGGUGGUGAAGAAGAGGAGAGCUAUAGCUCCGUCACUGCGGUUGAGGAUUCUGAGCUACGGCGGCUGA